GAUAUGGCGGCGGCGCUGGCGCUGGCGCGGCUCGCGGCGGCCUCGCUGCUCUUCGCGGCCCAGGUGGCCGGCGAGUACGGGAUGCUGCGCGUGGUGUCCCAGACGGAGACGCUCAGGGGCAAGGACUACUGCGUCCUGUACAACCCGCAGUGGGCGCCCCUGCCGCACAGCCUUGGCAAGGCGUCUCUCCUGCAGCUGCACAACUGGACGGGCUCCCUGCUCUGCUCGGCGGCCGACCUCCCCGCCGGCGGCUUCCGCAGCCGGCUCCCGCUGGUGGCGCGCGGCAACUGCACCUUCUACGAGAAAGUGCGGCUGGCGCAGGGCGGCGGGGCGCGCGGGCUGCUCGUCGUCAGCAGGGAGAAACUGGUGCCCCCCGGGGGCAACAAGACCCAGUACGAGGAGAUUGGCAUCCCCGUGGCCCUGCUCAGCCAUGACGACGCGCUGGACAUCUUCGGGCGGUUCGGCAGUGCGGCGAGGGCGGCGCUGUACGCCCCCAAGGAGCCGGUGCUGGACUACAACCUGGUCAUCAUCUUCAUCAUGGCCGUGGGCACCGUCGCCCUCGGGGGCUACUGGGCCGGGAGCCGGGACGUGAAGAGAAGGUACCUGAAGCAGAAGCGCGACGAGGGCGCCGAGAAGCGGGAGGACACGGCGGUGGACGUGACGCCGGUCAUGAUCUGCGUGUUCGUGUUCACCUGCUGCUCCAUGCUGGUGCUGCUCUACUACUUCUACGACCAGCUCGUCUACGUCAUCAUUGGGAUCUUCUGCCUGGCCUCGGCUACCGGCCUCUACAGCUGCCUGGCGCCCCUGGUCCGCAAGCUGCCGUUCUGCGCGUGCAGGGUCCCCUACCUGCACAAGCGCCCGCAGGCCCGCAUGCUGCUCCUGGCGCUGCUGUGCGUCGCCGUCAGCGUGGUGUGGGCCGUCUUCCGGAACGACGACCGGUGGGCCUGGGUGCUGCAGGACGCCCUGGGCAUUGCCUUCUGCCUGUACAUGCUGAGGACCAUCCGCCUCCCCACGUUCAAGUCCUGCACGCUGCUGCUGCUGGUGCUCUUCCUCUACGACGUCUUCUUCGUCUUCGUCACACCUUUCCUGACCAAGCCCUGCCCCCCACGCCCGGGCCCUGACGCCCAUCCUGUGCAGAGUGGGAACAGCAUCAUGGUGGAAGUGGCCACGGGGCCUGCGGACUCGGCCACGCACGAGAAGCUGCCCAUGGUCCUGAAGGUGCCCCGGCUCAACGCCUCGCCGCUGGCCCUGUGUGACCGGCCCUUCUCCCUGCUGGGCUUCGGGGACAUCCUGGUGCCAGGGCUGCUGGUCGCCUACUGCCACAGGUUUGACGUCCAGGCACAGGCAUCCAGAGUCUACUUCGUGGCCUGCACCAUCGCCUACGGCCUGGGCCUCCUGGUGACGUUCCUGGCGCUGGUGCUGAUGCAGCGCGGCCAGCCGGCGCUCCUCUACCUGGUGCCCUGCACGCUGGGCACGAGCUGCGCCGUGGCGCUCUGGCGCCGGGAGAUGGGCGCCUUCUGGAGCGGCAGCGGCUUUGCGAAGGACCUCCCUCCGACUCCGUGGGCCGCCACGCCCACCGACGGCCCCCAGCCUCCCAAGGACCCGCAGCCUCCAUGUGAAGACGUGGCCAGCCCCGCCCUGCCUGCCGCGCAGCCCCCCAAGCCGCAGCCCCCCGGGCCGGCAGUGCCCGAGGAGGCCGGGGCUGGAGCCCCUGCCCGGGAGCCCGACAGCCCCCGCAGUCCCCGCAGCCCCACGGGCGCGGACGAGGCCCGGAGCAGCACGUCAGCCUAGGGCGGGGGAGGCAGGACUCGGCCAAAAAGCCGUCUACACCCGCGGGAGGGGGAGACGGCGCGGCCGCCGCGCGGACCAAGACCUGCGCCGGGCGCCCUCCCCACAUGGUGCUCAGCCCCCGGCCAGGUGCCCGGCUCCAGCCCUGCCCCCUGCGCGGCAGCCUCUCCCUGGCCCGGGGCACAGGACCGGGCAGUGCGGCCACGUUUGGUGCUUCCUCGGCUGCUGCCCGCCAGGCGCAGGGCCCGGCGGGAUCCCGGUCUCCGCCCCGGUGGUCCAGACGCCAGGGCCUCGGGCCGCCGGCUGCCGGCUCUGCUGGGGCCGGGCUCCGAGGGCGGCCUGUGGGGGUCACAGACGAGGCUGCGCCCCGGCCCGGCUCCUCUCGGGGGCCCAGGGGGUGCCAGCCGCCCGCCGGGGAGGUUUAAUAAAAGGUCACGGCUGAA